CCUGGAGGAAGAAAAGGCUUAUAUAACAUGAACGGGCAAUCGCCAAGAGUCGUGCUCGGGAUAGGUUAUGACUACCCGCGACAUGACAACUUCCAAAUACUGAACGUGACGACGUCGUGCAGCGAAUACUGCAGCGGUAUGUUCGUCUACAUAAGAUUCUACGACGAUUUUCGAGGCAAGCUCACGCUGCUCGCCGACCAGAAUGAGACGUUGUGCCAGCACGAGUGGGACAACAAGCGUGCCCGCUUCUACGUGCCUUUCUUCGGAUGCGGCACAACAGAGGAAAUCGUUACGUUUGACCAUUUCAAACGGGAAGUAAUCUACGAGUAUCGCAACGUGAUCUUCCUAGAAGAGAGACCACCCGAGAAAGAAGAUGCCCUGAAUAAACAAUACUAUCCUCAUCAUAAUCUACCGUACAAAGGUGUCACGCGGCAGAUAGAAAUCUUCUGUAGAGUCUGGGAAUCCCAGAGGGAAGACAUGUUGGAAGACCUGAACGAUUUUCGGGC